GUUUCGCGCAGUGCCGACCAGUAAUUCAGACCCGCUAACACCCCUCCAAAUCCACCUGCGGCCGCCUGGGUCGCGGAGGAUUACCGUGACUUCAUCCCGCGAGGAUUACGGACACUUUAACUCCGCGACUCUCCUGUCCCGCCGACUUAACGGUAGAGAGCGAUUGUGAAAUCCUCAGGAUUUUGUCAAACAGAUGUGCCUCCAAUGUCGCUCCCGAUACAGAAGGGAAGUAAGCCCGCCUUCGGCACAGUCACUGCACCUCGUGUCACCACACGCGACUCGCGAGCAACCCUAACCCUCAUAAUGGGCCGUUUCUGCUAACAACUGCCUGUUGUAGACCAGUGGGGGAUAAGGAAACGGAUGGAACAAGCGUACAUCCACAGCACGCUGGGAGACCGAGGAACUGCCAGUGCGAAUUGGGAGGUCUAAUUGGUAGAGCUCGUCGUAUCGUGAGCCCUGAUGGCAGUGAUUGCUUCCGCGGGGGAAAACAAUUUCGGUUUGAUAACGAGUAUUUGACUGAAGCCUGCUGGAAGAGGAGGCGAUCGGAAGAGAGAGAAAGUUGUCGUUCUCACGUCGUACCGUUAGACACGAAACAUUCAUGCGGGAUGUGUAUGUGUGGCCGUACGUGUGAAACAUGAGGGAACCCCGUAACGUCAGGACUGGUCAGCAUCUCAUGGUAAUCAUCAACAUCGGCAAAGUGCUCUUCACCUCCCGAUCGACCCGCAAACAGACACGUUAAGGAAAAAUGGGUCCAGGCUUCGAGAAGAUGUGCCGUAUUCUCCGCCUGAGCGUGAUUUUUACCACCGCGUCGCUAUCAGUUGGCGCCACCGAGUCGGACAUCGGGCUGACCGUGCCUACCAAUGUGCACACUAUCGCGGGAGACCAAGUCACUCUUCCCGCCACCUACACCACUAGGCGGAGAGUGAUGGCGAUCACGUGGCACAAGAUGGACGCCAAGACCACGGAAAGGACAUUGAUCUACUCGUACUAUCCACAGGAGGACGCCCGCGAGUCUUUCGGACAAUACAUCGGCAGGACGAACCUUGUCGGAAAGGCGUCGCUGACGAUCAGCCCUACCAAACCGGAGGACGAGGGCAAGUACGUGGUCAUGAUCCUGGCCAAAGGGGUGGGCAGCGCCGAAGAUGUCGUAAACCUGUCCGUCAUGGUUCCUCCCACGGUGAGAGUAGGACCACUGGAGAAUUACGUGAUUUCCUUUGGGCGGACCGCGUCCCUGCAGUGUGUGGUGACGGGAGCCAAGCCGAACAUCACCGUGCUGUACUGGGAGAAGGACGGCCUGAGGAUCAGUACGUCCAGGUACAGUAGGAAGUACUCUGGGGGUACUUUGGACCACCCAAACCUGAGGAUCAGUCACGUGACCAGAGAGGAUGCCGGGAAGUACUCCUGCCUUGUGCAACAUCCUGUGUCUGACGUCAGAGCCACGAUGAAGAUGAAAGUACUUUACCCAGCAUCUAUUAUCAGUAUCUCGGAGUCAGUGACAGCCAUGGUCUCUGACACUGUCACCAUACAAUGUGUAGCCGAUGGUGACCCCACACCCAAUAUCACGUGGACCAAGAACGGAAGGCGCCUGCGCAGUCAAUCCAGCGUGAUGUCACGUGACGUGGUCGUGGCGUCUGUCCGGGUGUCAAAGGUCAGGGUGAACGACAGCGGGACGUAUCUGUGUAAAGCGAACAACGGUGUCGGCAGCGACAGCACAAAGUCUCUUACUCUAACCAUACAGCAAUUGAAACGACGAGUACCGUUCUCAACACUAGCUGUGAUAGUUGGCGCCACGGCUGGCGGCUUAUGGCUAGUCGUGUGUGUAGGAUUCGCUAUCUACUGCGCCAGGCGGAGAAAGCGAGAAAAGGAGAAGAAAAAGUUUGCAUUCUAUUACAACAUCGGUCGAAGGCAGCCUGGCGUAGGAGAUGCUACGGCUGACGAUGACAAGGAGCCCCCUCCGUACUCCGCGAUGCCAGCAAAACCAGACAACAAGGCGUCCAGCUACGGCGGUAUCAAUACCAUCAGGAAGUCCAUUGGGAGGAAAGACAGGAGAUAUGCUCGAGCCAUGUUCGCCUAUCGUCCACGAGAGGACAAUGAGUUGCCUCUAGAGACCGAUGACAUCAUCGAGGUGCUGGAGGGGGAAGAUGGCGGCUGGUGCCUGGGUUACCUGAGCGGCAGGAUAGGCCUGUUCCCCUCUAACUAUGUCAAGUUUGUGACCACAAGUGAAGUUCUCGCCAUGAAAUCUGGCGCGACGUGCCAGAUGGUAGCCCUACAGGAGACCGUGGGUUCCAAAAGAUCCAUCUGAUGGUGGCUGCCUCCCAACACGUGCUUGUAACCCUCAUACGAUUCUACACGCGUCGACAGGACUCCCAUUCCCCGAAGGGAAAAGACUCGGCCACUGACAGAGAAUCUGAUAGAUGUUGGCAGACUAGCCCGAGCACUGGAGAUUGAGGUGUAAUCUCGCCCGCAAUGAUGCCAAGGGUUCCGUACACGUACGUGAGAAUCACCUCAAAUAAUACGCCGUCCACUUCACUUGAUCGCCUGCGGGGGGAGAUUCUACUCGCUCAUCCAUCUAAACGGAAUAGCUUCGCCACACAUAAUCUAGUUUGUAAAAGAAUGGAGAAAUUUUAGAAGGCAAGUGUAGUGUGAGGAAUGUCACAAUGGUUCUAAAUAGAUCACACGGCCAGAUAAUUUUUAAUUUUUAGCUGGAGCUAAAUCUUUGUGAUUUUCCUUACGUAACACGUCCCAUACGUAUAUUACGGCCGCGCUCCGUUUGCACCUUUAUUACAGCUUGUCGUAUAGGGGCAGAAUAUUGAAUUUCGACACCAACAGAGUGUAGCAAAAUAUAUUUACCAUCACGGUGCAAGGGGAUUGAGUCGAAAGGUCUUCGCUACUUUUCCUUUGCACGGGAUCUUCAUCUACCGGCCAUAAUGUACUAACUGACAUACAGCAGAAUCCCAGAGAGCGGUACAGGGAUAUUAUUGGUAAAUGUCAAACGGCGCAUCCUUGUUUUUAGUUUGAUGUUGAGACGCUUGGACAGAAAUUGGAAGUUCCCGUCGCUCAUCGAUCGUAUAAAGUGGAAGAAGAGUUUUUACCUGCACUGCCUCACAUUGCUGGCUCAUGUUCAAGUUACACCAAGCAUCCAACUUGUGUCAUGAUUGAUUUUCUUGUGCAUUUUUACGUUAUGUAAAGGUGGGCGGUGUUUUAAAGGCUAGAUUGUAUUAAACAGUGUGUGAAUAUAAAUGUCUUGGUCGUUCAUUGUGUGGUUUCUGCUUCUAGCAUUCGUGCAGUUUGAGUGUCAAAUAGUAAGAGUUGUAGCCUGCUUCCAAUCUGCCGAACAAU